UAUAAAUGGUUUGAGCGCAGUUCUUGGUGUGCACUUGGAGCAGCCAAAGGAAAGACUUUCCGCAGCUGACGUCAGGCAUACCUCACUAAACAGUGCGGCCCACUAGCGGUGAGCAGGGAGCUGCUUCGGAGGAUAUGUGGAGCAAUCGUGGAAGAGGACUCCAGUCCGACCUUGUCUGGCGCACAGUCCCGCGUCUGGUUCGUGCGUAAGGCUGCUAAAACAGUUGGCCGCCUUUAAAACCCCUUCAGGCGUGAACAACUUUGGCUUUCAUUCAUAUUUUUUUUAAUCGCAACACAUCCACGUCUGGGUGAUGUGCACAGAAAUAGAACAACACUACUCCCAACCUCUUCCGCAUAUUGGAUUUCUAUGCAAAGAGAAGGUCGCCAGUGUCCCUCCAAGGAUUCGGGAAAUGAAGACUGCUGCUGACACGGAACCAGCCUAUUUUGACUUCUAGUGCGUGUUUCUGUGCAGUUUUUUUUCAAGGGAUUUUCCCCGAGUUCACGAGUAAAGUAUCUCCUCUCUGUGUGGGAUCAUUCGCUGCAUUACCUAUUUGAAUACAGCCCCAGCUUUUUGGACGAGCCUGUGCAGAGCAUUGUACAGUGCACACAUUUGGUCAAAAUGCAUUUUAUUUAGGAUAACCACUGGAUAUACAAAGUGCCAAAUUUGAGCCGGAAUGGCGAACGAGUAUAAUCGCAAUAUUGUGGAAAAGUAUAUCUGCCAUAAACUCUCCAAGCGGGGGUUCGUGUGGGGAUUUCGCGUUGUCCAAGAAGAAGAUGCUGCUAAUAACGGAUCGAUAACUGACCCUCCACCGACUUUGGUCCACCGGUGCCGAGAAGCCAGCACCGGGCCUGACGGCGAGAGCAACACCCACCUCUGCAGACGGCUCCCACAGUCCGACCCACACGCAGGCAUCCACAGAGUCCUGCGCGAGGCUGGAGAUGAACUUGAAAGACUGUACCAGCCGGACUUCACGGAGAUGUCGCGGCAGCUGCAUCUCACCUCCGCCACGGCGCAGAGGAGGUUCGCCGAGGUGAUAGACGAACUGUUCCGGGACGGGGUGAACUGGGGCCGGAUUAUUGCUUUCUUCGAGUUUGGGGGCACUGUGUGCGUGGAGUGCGCUUCCAACGAGGGGAUGUCAUCCCAGGUGGACAACAUCGCAGACUGGAUGACGGAGUAUUUAAAUGGACCUCUUAACAGCUGGAUACAAGAUAACGGGGGAUGGGAUGCAUUUGUGGAGCUGUACGACAGACAGAGGGACUCCGUCUUCAGUUGCUCCUGGCCCUCCAUCAAGACAGUUUUCGGCUUGGCUGCGCUCGGAGCGGCCAGCCUCACCAUCGGAGCAUACCUUACACAAAAGUGAACAAGGCCUCUUUUCAAUCAGCUCGACUUUUUUCAUCUCAGCAUCUUCCUCCUCUUUUUCCUGGUGCCUCUCCUUCUUUCCCCCCUCCCUGCACCUUUUUUAAAGAUGCCCCUGACCCCUCAGAGACAACCUUCAGACUCUUCUGAAUCUCUUCAAAGCCUCUCUCAGAAAAAACUCCCUCUUCCCUGCCUCUUCGUGUCAAAACAUUCACAAAUCAAAACAACUGAAGAAACCAGAGGCGAAACCCACAGAGCAAAGGAUGCAUUUUAGAUGGAAUCGCACUAAGCUGACUACAACAGCGGAGAAACGAGGAGUGCAUGUUUUUGCCUUUGCUUUUUUUCAGUUUCUUUUUGCUCGUCCUGCUUCUCUAGGAGUUAUAGCAUGAACGUUGAGUGUUAGUUUAGACGUCGCAUGUGUAGGUCCUCGGUUUGGAGGCCUUCGUGGUGGUAGUGGUGGCGGUAAGAUGUAGGGUGGGGGGGUGCAAGGAUGAUGGUGACGAUGAUGCCAGGGAGGGCGAGGCCUCAGCCUCGACCCCGGCUCGUUAGGGUGAACGACCCCAUUUGAACUGUGGACUCCAGUUACCCCCAUAAGCCGUCUUUCAAAGGACUUCCUCCAAACAGCAGCUGCUUAGAAUGUGUAAUGGAAACAGCUCGCUACAACCAGCGCAGUGUGUGUCUACUGCUUUCACCCCUCAGACCGCUCCAGUGAACUCUGAGCACACACUGCUCCAUUAUGCUCUCCCUGGCCUGUGAUGGAGGACAGGCUGCUAGAAGACUGAGCUCUUUUGCAGCGCUUUGAAAGCUCCUGUGUUGGGUUUAAACUUUUGCAGCAAACCGAAUCGAAUAGUUUGCAUGUGGAGUGUUUUAGAAAAAAAUAUGCAAAAGAAGCCUGAAAGAUGAACGAGAGAUGUGCAGCACAGCAUAAAAGAAAGAGGCAGAAGUAGAAUAAACCCUGUAGUAGGGUUCCUGCUGCAUAAACAGUUUUAAGAGUGCAUUCCUGACACACUCCUUUUCUAAAAUCACUGCCCUACAAAUUAUAAAUAAUCACAGCUCGUACUAUUAGCACACGACAUCGUUUAUUUUUUAAAUUUGCUUUUACUGUCGAAUGGGCUCGCUCAGGUUUCAGACCUCGCCCCGGCUGAGGUCUCACAGUGGCUCGGUAUUGCCACAGAAUGAACUCUGAACCGAAGACAGUUUCUCGCAAAUGACUGAGGAGAUGCCAGCAGCAAAGCCAGGGGGUCCCAUGUGUGAAACCUGAGAUGUCCCCUCUCUCCAGCCUGCAAAUGCAUCCCAAAUCAUUGAUUGGUUCCUUUCAGCCUGUUUUUGUAAUCGAUGUUUGUCUUGUGUUACAGUCCGACUGAAAAUUUGGAAGCACUCAAGGCCUCCAAAAUACUGCGUUGUACAGCAAGUCACUUGUGGAAAACCUUUUCUUUUCUUUUUUUUCUUUAAAUUUCUCUAUCACUAAAACUCUUCAGCUUCUUUGUCGUUGCAUGGAUGAAAGACACGAUGUCUUAACACAAUGCAUAUCUGCUACGCGUAACCAUAUUUAUAACAGAACAGGCAAGAAAUAGCAACAAAGAGGUAGCAUUUUUCUAUUUAUUCAGAGGUACCAGAUCACAGAUUUUUAACAGUUUCUUCUAAGGAAUCACACUGUAACAAUGUUAUUUCCUGGCUGCUAUUAUAACAAGAAAAAAAAAGACAUGUUUUAAAAAGUGACCCCCCCCCGUUUUGUAUUAUCAUCGGCUUAAGGCUGCUAUACUGUUGAUUUUACUCACAGCUUAAACUGCCACAAUUUUUCAGUAUAGUAUCCUAGAGAGCUGGAAACCAAAGUUAACUUGUAUUAAUCUUUCAUUUCAAAAGGAAAAAAAAAUGAAGAAAAAAAUACAUAAUAGCUAAAAGGAGAAAACACUUUGCUUCAGUUCACUGAGAGUCUGUCCAGUGAGGUUUUGUGAUCUCUCUGUGGAGGGUUUGUCUUGUGUUACUGUACUAUAUUAGCCUAACUUUUGUCAGCCUUGUGCUCCAAUGAUAACUCAGUGCUUAUCUGUAAAAAAUGUUGACCUACCAGACCUAAACCGUGUCUCAGCUCUCACGUUAAAACCACCCAGUUUUCAUUACAACAGCUCACAGUGUGAUUUGUGAUGUGUGUAUGAGCGUGUGUGUAUGAGUGUGUGUGUGUGUGUGUGUGUGUAAGAAACUGAGGGUGCUAUGAGCAAGAAUAGGAAGACUUUAACAGCAAUAUACUGUAAUUUUUAUACUCUGUGCAUAUAUGAAUGUAGCACUAUGGUUUCCGUGCUGUUUUAUGUCUAUAAUCGCAAAACUGUAGCACUUAAAAGAAAAAGGAAAAAAAAAGAAAAGUGAAUUGUGUUUCUGUUGUUUACUGCUAUAUCCACGAUAAGCUAGUGGGAUCAUAUUGUUCCUAAUAAACCAGAUUUUUCUCCA